AUGUCGCGUGCGGUUGCGGCGGCCGUGUUGCCCUUGGUCGCGCUCGAGCGUCAGUCCGCACCACGCUCGCUCCAGUCCGCCUGCGAGGCGGGAUAUGCAUGUAAAGGGUCGAGAAAAGUGAACCCCCUGCGCCAUCGCUUCGCCGAGAGGCGGCUGCGCGAGGAGGACCAUGUCGAGCAAUACGUGAACACGAACACGCGCAAAGCACUCAUCCAAAAGUGCCAGCAAGUCCCCAUCCGCCAGCACGCAAAGCUCAUGUGGGAGAACUCCUAA